AUGAACAAAGAACUAGAAAACCUACUGCUUUUUUUCUUCGAAUCUUACUAUCAUUCAAGAAACUGCUCCAAAAAAUAAAUAGAAGAAAAACUCAAGCAAUUUGAACUUAAGUUUUAUCAAUCUAAAAAUAAAAGAAUCCAAAUUCAUAUAGAUGAACAGUUCAGAAAACUUGAUCUGAAAUCUAUUAUUCAUGAAAUUGAGUCAUUUAAAGAAAGUAAAGGCUUCUCAAAUUAAUCUACUAAAAUCCCGAUUUCUCAAUCAUAUUAUCUAAACCCAGAAGAAUAAGAUUUCAAUUGUCAAAUAGAAUCUAAGGAAUUUAAACUAAUUAAACCUAAAUUUCAAGACAAUAGAAGCAAUCUCUAAACUAUUACUUAAUCACCGAAUUUCUCAAAUGAUAUUGCGGUUUCUGAUGAAGUUAAUAAACUCACUCCUAUAAGUUCAUCUUCAACAUCCAGCAGAAACAUUGUAAAAUUGAAUCACAAUUAUAAUAUCAAAUCUAAUUAACAACAAAAAUUAAAUUAUACCUAUACCACCUAUAAACUAAUAAAUAAGUCCAUUAAAAUAAUUAAAUAGAAUGAAGUACAAAAGUAUUCAAAAAUUAAGACAGCUGAUUUUUGA